UUCCUUCUCUUCAAAACUCACAAUUACUGCGUGUCAAAAAAAAUUCCAAAUUCCAAAUUCCAAUCCCUAUUUAACAAAUCGAAACCCUCUUCGCCUUCUUCUCUCCAAUUCAAGAUUUCAAAUCAUAAAAGUUGGUAAAAAAGUUAUAGAAAGAGCACUCUACUUUUCACCGAAGAAAUCAGGAGAUCGGAGGCGUAGCAAUUUCUGUAUCAUGAGCAAUGCACAGGAAAUUAGGAUGUAUUCAAGGGCUAGAAGUAGGAGACGGACACUGGAUGUUGAUCUCAAUGCUUUACCACCGUCACAUGAAAUCGGGGAGCAGGGUGUUGUUUCGCACCAUACUAGGUCCCACGGUAGGCAGGAGGCUGGAAGAAGUGCCACCGCCCUGCCUCCGCCAAUUGAUGUAGAGGCGCUUGAUGACGACGUUAUUAUCUCUUCGCCUACGGCAUUUGCAGAAGCCAAGAACAACGCCAGAAGGAACCGUGGGCGGACUGUCGUGGUUGAUGUGGAUAAUGAUGACAGAGCAUCUCGCAACAAGCGCAGAAGGGUUCCUACAAACCAGACAAUUAUAAACUGCGACCUUUACAUAAACCUCGAAAGCAGUAGCAACUCAUCGAGGGAAAGUGGCAAAAGCGCUGCAGUGCCUAUACCUCCCGUUCCACCAAAGGAGCCGACAUUCAGCUGCCCCAUUUGUAUGGGCCCGCUAGUCGAAGAGAUGACAACAAAAUGUGGCCACAUUUUCUGCAAGGCGUGCAUCAAAGCUUCCAUAGCUGCUCAGGGGAAAUGUCCAACGUGCCGGAGAAAAACGACGACGAGAGACAUUAUUAGAGUGUACCUUCCCUCAACUAGAACUGCUUGAGGUCUCUGUGUGUGGGUGUAUCUCUGUUAUAAUCGGUUUUGUACUGUCUUUACAACACACAAGAUUCUAAAAUUUGAGUUGGUUAUUCA